UCAACGACAGGCCAGCCUAUUUUCUUCCUGUCAAGUAGUACACUCAACGACGGGUCAGAGGAUCCGUAAUUUUGCUUUAUUCGACAACGAAUAAAUUACGUAAUAACGAAUAAAAUACGAAAUUAUUUUCUAACGAAUAGAAAUUUACUUAAGAUAUUUCGGGGGAAACAAUUCGAAUCUGAAACCAUGUCGAGAGGAAUGUAUUACGGCAUCUGCAUCAGGAAUUUUCUCAAGCAGCAAAAAUACGUAAAUACUUGUCAUUUUCAAAUAUGUCGUGCGAUUCACAGAACUUUUAUGCUUCCACAUGCUGCUACGACUAAUACAAGUGUGACAGAAAGAGCUUCUGUUGACCAAAGACCAACAAGAAAUUUAAUCAGAGACGGACCUUCGUUGAGGCAUUUCAUAGAGCCAUCCAGUAUCGAUAUUCCUGUUACUGAAGAGCCUAUUCCAUAUGUGCAGGACAUUCGUGGAGAAAAUCAAAAAGUAUACUUUGAAAUUUAUGGUUGCCAGAUGAAUGUGAACGACACAGAGAUAAUAUGGUCGAUACUGAAAGCCCGUGGCUACCGACACACAAAUGACAUAGAAGACGCUGAUAUCAUAUUGCUCGUUACCUGUUCCAUCAGAGACAAUGCUGAGCAGAAGGUAUGGAACAAACUCGACCACUUGAAUAGCAUUAGGAAGAAGAAGAAGAAGAAAUCUGGUGCGCCUAUGAAGAUUGGCCUCCUAGGAUGUAUGGCCGAACGUUUGAAGGCCAAAAUAUUAGAUAAGGGGAAGCUCGUGGAUGUGAUAGCAGGCCCUGAUAGUUACAAGGAUUUACCGAGACUCUUAGCGGUGACAGACAGCGAAACAGCUAUCAAUGUUGUGCUGUCCUUUGAUGAGACAUACGCGGACGUCACGCCAGUCAGGCUCAACCAGGACUCUAUUGGAGCAUAUGUUUCCAUAAUGAGAGGUUGCGACAACAUGUGCACUUACUGUAUCGUGCCAUUCACAAGAGGUCGAGAGAGAUCUCGGCCGAUCUCGAGUAUACUCGACGAGGUGCGACAUUUGUCGGAUCAAGGUGUAAAGGACGUCACUCUGUUGGGGCAGAACGUGAACAGCUACAGGGAUUUGUCUCACUCGGAAUUCGUCGUACCCGCCGGCACCGAGACUCACCUUGCCAAGGGCUUCAAGACGGUCUACAAAAAUAAGAAGGGCGGCUUGAGGUUCUGUGAUCUCCUGGACAAGGUCUCCUUGGUCGAUCCGGAGAUGAGAAUCAGAUUCACAUCGCCGCAUCCCAAGGAUUUCCCCAACGAGGUGCUGCACCUGAUCGCCGAGAGGCCGAACAUCUGCAAGCAGAUUCACUUGCCCGCCCAGAGCGGCAACUCCGUGGUCUUGGACAGGAUGCGACGGGGUUACACCAGGGAAGCGUAUCUGGACCUGGUGCACAACAUACGCGACAUUCUACCCAACGUCUACCUCUCCAGCGACUUCAUCGCCGGCUUCUGCGGCGAGACCGAGGAGGAAUUUCAGGACACGUUGUCGCUGAUAGAUCAAGUCAAGUACAAUUCCGCCUUUCUGUUCGCCUACAGCAUGCGCGAGAAAACUACGGCCCACCGGCGAUACAAGGACGACGUUGAGUCGCACGUGAAGGCGGAACGUCUGACUCGCAUGAUAACAUUGCACAGAAGAGAGAUGGAGAAAUUAAACAAAGCGCAGAUCGGACAGCAUCAACUCGUUCUCGUGGAAGGCGAAAGCAGGAAUAUUAAGAAUCUGCAGAGCAGGAACGACGGUAACGUGAGGGUCUUGCUACCACCGGCGGUCAUACCGAUCAAUCGACAUUCGAACUCGACGAGGGAGAUACAGGCCGGCGAUUACGUCGUCGUGCGAAUCGAAAACGCCAACUCGCAAACCUUGCAGGCAGCCUCGAACGACGGUAUCCCGCCACCCGCCGCCGUGACAGGAUUUCCAUCGGCCACGCCGAACCUCGCAUCUAGCUUUGUGCCACCCAUUAUGCCCGCGGCACCCUUCAUUCCCCCUCCUAGUUUACCGCCGGGUCCUCCGGGCAUAAUGCCGCCUCAGUUUUCCAUACCUCCGCCAGGUUUUACCUUCCCUAUCACCGCGGCACCUCCUCCAGAGGCUGGAGUCAUAGCCGCGUCGCCGCAGAUAACGGGGCCGGGGAUGCCUCCACCCUCGCCCAUCAGCAGCAGCGGCGGCAGCAGCGAGCCCGCGACGACGAUGUCCGCGCCGACGACUGAGAAAAAGACCGACUGGUCGGAGCACAAAGCGCCUGACGGCAGGACCUAUUAUUACAACAGCGUGACGAAGCAGUCGCUGUGGGAGAAGCCGGACGAGCUGAAGACCGCGAGCGAGCUGCUGCUGUCGCAGUGCCCGUGGAAGGAGUACAAGCUGGAGAACGGCAAGGUGUAUUAUCACAACGUGACCAGCAAGGAGUCCAGGUGGACGAUCCCGCCGGAACUGGAGGAACUCAAGACGCGGAUCCUGGCCGAGGAGGCCGCCGCCGCCGCUGCGGCCGUCGUCGCCAGCGCCACGAAUUCCAACAUGUCGUCCGUUGGGAUGCAACAUAUGUCGCCGAAUGUCUCGACGAUAUCGCAGACUAGCACACCAGAGCCGGGCGGAAAGUCCGCGAUCGAGCAGGCGAUGGCAGCCACUCUCGCUGCUAUCAACAUCCCGACGCCACCGGCGAAGCCGGACGAGGACAGCAACUCUGCGAAGGGCUCGGCCAACGACAGCCGUACCAGCACGCCUGAACCGAAGAUGCAGUUCAAGGACAAGAAGGAGGCGGUCGAGGCGUUCAAGGAACUGCUGAGGGAGCGGGACGUGCCGUCGAACGCCACCUGGGAGCAGGCGGUAAAGUUGAUUCAAAACGACCCCAGGUAUCCGCAGAUGAAGAAGCUGAACGAGCGUAAACAGGCGUUCAACUCGUACAAAACGCAGAAGCUGAAGGAGGAACGCGAGCAAGAGAGACUCAGACUGAAAAAGGCUAAGGAGGAUCUGGAGCAGUUCUUGUUGGAGAACGAGAAGAUGAUGAGCACGACCAAGUAUUACAAGUGCGAGGAGAUGUUCGGCAAUCUGGAGGUCUGGCGAGCGGUCGGCGACUCAGAUCGCCGGGACAUCUACGAGGACGUGAUCUUCAAUCUGGCGAAGCGCGAGAAGGAGGAGGCGAAGCAACUGAAGAAGAGGAACACCAAACGGCUGGCCCAGGUCUUGGACACCAUGACCGACGUGACUUACCGCACCACGUGGCAAGAGGCGCAGGCAUUACUGCUGCAGCACUCCGCGUUCGCCGAGGACGCGGACCUGCUGGAGAUGGACAAGGAAGACGCCCUGUUGGUGUUCGAGAACCACAUUCGCCAGUUGGAGAAGGACGAGGAGGAGGAAAGGGAGCGCGAGAAGAAGCGCAGAAAACGGCAGGAGAGGAAGAACCGGGACGCUUUCAUCUAUUUACUCGACGAGCUCCACGAGCAGGGCAAGCUCACGUCGAUGUCGCUGUGGGUGGAGUUGUACCCCAUGCUGUCCGCUGAUCUCAGGUUCUCAGCUAUGCUUGGCCAGUCAGGCUCGACUCCUUUGGACCUCUUCAAGUUCUACGUGGAGGACCUGAAGUCGCGCUUUCACGACGAGAAGAAGAUCAUCCGCGAGAUACUGAAGGACAAGAACUUCGAGGUGCAGGUGAACACGACCUUCGAGGAGUUCGCCACGGUCGUGUGCGAGGACAGGAAGUCGGCCACCUUGGACGCAGGUAACGUGAAGCUGACGUACAAUCUGCUGCUCGAGAAGGCCGAGGCGCGUGAGAAGGAACGCGUGAAAGAGGAGACGAGGAAGUUCAAAAGGCUGGAGACUGGCUUCAAGAGUCUGCUGAAGACGCUCAACGUGGACUACCAAAUGACGUGGGAAGACGUGAGGCCCAAGAUCGAGGAGGAGCAAGACUUCAAGGCGAUCACGUUGGAGAGCGAGCGGAUACGAAUAUUCAAGGAGUACCAGCACGAGCUCGAGGAGAGCUGCAGCCACCACCAUAUCAGGAGCAAGAAGAAGAAGGCGAAGAAGUUGAAGCGCAAGUCGCGGUCGCGGUCACACAGCGAAUCGGAAAGCAGUGAGAAAGGUCUGAGGAAGAAGCGACACAAGUCGCGCUCGCCCAGCAUCCCAAGUAAAUCCGACAGUUCCGAGUCAGAGACGAGGAAGUCCAAGAGGAAGAAGAACAAGAAGAAGCGAGGCCGUAGUCAUUCUCGCUCGCAUUCACGACUUCCGUCUUCGGAGGAGUCGCCGGAGAGGAAGCGGAAGGACGAGAAGCACAGACGGGCGUCAGUCCACAGCGAAGGCUCCGUCACCGAGACCAAUGAGCAUCACGAACUCUCCGAGGAUGAAUUAGAGAAGCAGCGAGCGCAGUUGUUACGCGAACUACAGAUGCAACAGGAGGAAAAUUAGGAAUCCGUUCCGUCGGAGGAAAUUAUUGUGCCUGUUGAAAAAGAGCUCGUUGGGUCCUUCGCGCGACUCAACAGCGCAGAUGAUCCUACUCGCGGAAGGAUCGACUAUCGGUGCAUGUAUCGACGUGAGUCCGACGGACGACGAGCUCGGAGCGAGAACGUUCCUGGUGAUCCGAGGACGUAGGAGUUCCGUUUCUCACGGAAACUCGCGGUAUCCAUCCAUCCAUCCAGCGCAUAUAUAUAUAUAGAAGAUAAAGCGAAAACUCGCACAGCAACACAAAAUCUUUUACAUACACCUGAUAUAUUUGUAUGUACAUAGUCACAUAUAUGUACAUAUAUGUAUACAUAUGUAAUAGGGUAAACUAACUUCUUUUUUGAAGUUAAGUUAGAGGCUUGGCAAUGGCUUAUACAAUUAAUUUAGUUAAGUAAACAUUAACCUAAACAAAAAUUAACUAAUUAAAAGUUGAAUUAAAAUUAACU